AUGAUUUCAGUGGUCCAAAAAUUUCGAAGCGUCAGAAACCACGUCGAGCGCGUUUGUCAGUGUCUGCGUGCACAGGCGCAACAUCAGUUAUCGGACCAUGUCGCUCACGCUGAAACGAAAACUGCUAGGUUGGAAAAGGCGCUGAGGACCGUGGGAAUCCAUGGUUCCGUGCGCAUCGACGAGAACACUGGGAAAGGGUCCAUUAUCGAUGUCAACCGCAUGCUGUGUCCCGAGGCGUCUGCCGAAUAUGCUGCAAAAAUGCUCACACGUGUCCUUGAAAAGGAAAAAAGGGAUGGCAUGGAAAGGCCUGGACAAAAUGCACAGAGUACGAUUCCACUUUCUGAACGCAUUGAAUACGUCAGGAUCAACGACAAGGGCCCUGUCACCCCUAUUUGCGACGCUUCAACUCUCGUAGAAAUCAUUUGGCUACUGCCUUCGAACGCUGCGAAGGAAUUCAGGCGUCAAUCAGCCCAAACCAUCACCAGGGUGCUCGGUGGUGACACAAGUCUUUGCGAUGAGAUCGAACAGCGCUGCGAUCGCUUACAGAGCACGGAGGAAGGCAGGGCGUACCAGGGCUUUCUUUUGGACCAAGGACCCGCCAAAAAGCAACGGUCGGAAGAACCCUUUUGGUUUGAGUACGCAUCGGACGAAGAGAAAAGGGCUUUUUCGUUUCGGUCAUGGCCAAAAAAACCAUUGCACUGAACGAGAUCGACAUUUGCAGAACCUGCAGGGACCAACUGCAGUCCGUCAACCAAUUC